GGAUAAAUUUAUUGUGUAGUUCGUUGCUUUUGUGCGACUCUUCUUUUUUAAGAUAAGACGGUUAAACAAAUUUUAUGCUAUUGCUUUUGUCAUCACAAUUGAUGUGCGGAUACCCCCUCUUAAAUGACAUGAUGAGAAAGAAUUCCAAUGUGCUCAAUAGUUUCUAAUUAUCCCUUACUCGUCGUGUUUUUGUAUUAUGCCAAGCAAACAUUAAAAUAAUCGUCUCAUCGGCAGACAAAGCAGUCAGAGUAAAUAAGUUAUAUUGAGAGUUCGCAUAUUCUCUCAUUCAUUGUGUGCAUUUUAAUUGAAUACAUUAAAAGAAAAAAAAAUAUUGGGUGCGUUUGUUAAUUCCUUUCGCUAAACAAGGACGGCAUGUGCAUGCUAGUGGCCAAAAAAGAACAAGUGUUACCAAAUUGCCAUCUCAAUUUGUCUACAGUGAUGGAGAUAAUCUCAUCUUCUAAUUUCUGCAGACCGUCCUUAAAUAGGCCAAACAGCUAGAGAUUGUCGUAUUUAGAAAAAAGAGAAAGUAAAGAAACAUUCAUUUGCUUUUUUUCUCCUUUAAAAUUUGUUUUUGUUUCGUUGAUAUUCUACCAAACCCUAUUCGCAAUAUACUUUUUCCUAUACAAUAAAGUAAACAUAUUUAGACGUACAUACAGUUACAGUUAGACACUGUAUUUAAAAAGCAAGUAAUAAAGUUUCAAAUUGAAUUGUUUGCAAAAUAAUAACAAGUAAAUAACAAUUGCUUAAGCAAGAACGACACAUAAAGUGAACAUCACAUAGUAAAAGAAAAAUGGCAACCACAACGACACCACGUUCGAGCACCGGUUCUGGCGGAGGUACAGCUCAGCGGCCAAAUGGCACAUCUCAGAAUAAAAGUUGCCAAUUUAAGCUGGUACUUUUGGGUGAAUCGGCUGUGGGCAAGUCAUCUUUAGUGCUGCGUUUCGUGAAAGGCCAAUUCCACGAAUACCAAGAGAGUACGAUAGGAGCUGCAUUCCUAACACAAACCAUUUGCAUAGAGGACACAGUGGUUAAAUUCGAAAUAUGGGAUACUGCAGGCCAGGAAAGAUAUCACAGCUUGGCACCUAUGUAUUAUAGAGGAGCGCAAGCGGCCAUCGUUGUUUACGAUAUACAAAAUCAAGACAGUUUUCAACGUGCAACAACUUGGGUUAAAGAACUUCAUAAGCAAGCAUCUCCUAACAUUGUAAUUGCAUUGGCUGGUAACAAAGCGGAUUUAUCAAAUAUACGGGUCGUAGAGUAUGAAGAAGCUAAACAAUAUGCCGAGGAGAAUGGAUUGCUAUUUAUGGAAACAUCGGCAAAAACCGGCAUGAAUGUCAACGAUAUUUUCUUAGCUAUUGCUAAGAAAUUACCGAAAAAUGAUGGAGCCAAUAACCAGGCCCAAGCUGGACGAAGGCUAAAUGAAAAUGAAAAUAAUCGACAGACGAACAAUUGCUGCAAGUGAUGUCCUUUUGUAG